CAGCAUGGCGUCAUCGUGGCUGUGGACUCGAGGGCAACAGGGGGCUCCUACAUCGCCUCACAGACGUUGAAGAAAGUGAUCGAGAUCAGCCUCUACCUGCUGGGCACCAUGGCCGGUGGCGCAGCCGACUGCAGCUUCUGGGAGUGCCUGCUGGCCAGGCAGUGCCGCAUCUAUGAGCUGCGCAACAAGGAACGCAUCUCUGUGGCCGCCACGUCCAAGCUGCUCGCCAACAUGGUGUACCAGUACAAGGGCAUGGGCCUCAGCAUGGGAACCAUGGUGUGUGGCUGGGAUAAGAGGGGGCCAGGCCUCUACUAUGGGGACUCGGAGGGUAACCGCGUGUGUGGCAACCUGUUUGCUGUGGGCUCGAGCUCCAUGUACGCCUGCGGUGUGGUGGACAGUGGCCUGCGGCACGACCUGACCAUUGAGGAGGCCUGUGAGCUGGGCCGCCGAGCGAUCUACCAGGCCACUUACCGCGAUGCCUACAGCUGCAGCCAGGUCAACCUGUACGGUGAGGGCUGGGAGAUCGUGUCCCAGGAGGUCAUCCUGCGCCUUCACCAGCAGUACCAGGGACAAACAGCAUAGAGUGGCUGGGACAGGCAGGGGCUGGGGGUUGAUGGUGACUAGGGAGUUGAGAGUGAAUGGACAAAGGUUUGGGAAAGGGGUUGUGCAAAUGGAUGUCGCACUUCUGGCAAAUGGAAGUUUGCAUGUCAAAUAUGACUGUUUAGAAUGGGUGUGAGUUAGGAAGAGAGGGGAGGGGAGGAAAUGUCUUUGUAGUCACAUGAGCGCAGCUUUUUUUUUAUAGAGUAACACAGGCAGACUCACUUCCUUACCCUCCAGUGCUUCCUGUCAUAGGCAGUCAGGCAGGGAUUUGAGUUUGUUUACAUGCCCUCAGAUACAUCACAUUGAGAGCUCCCUCUCUCAAAUCCUACUCGCACACGUCCUAGAACCGUUUCUGUUAUUUUCACAUUAGUAAUAUGUUCUGUUGUCUUGUCCGCUGUCUUAGACUGAGCCAGUGGGCUGUAAUGCCUAUCUCACGCCUUGUAAAGAUGUGGGGGCGCCGCAUCCCUGCGGACACAGCGACGAGCCAAAGCUCCAGCUGGUUAAGUCGCUGAGAGUGGGAGUUAGCUUCUGUUGCACGCAUUUCACAUGUACAUUAUGACCGUUAAAAACUGUGUUAAACCUCAAUAAACACUAAAUUCUUCUA